AGAAGCAAAACCCGGAGGAAAACAGAAGUAAUUAGGGCAAAAAAUGACGUCGAUAAUAUCUUCGUCAGCCUUCCCGACGCGGUCCCUCAACUCAUUCCCGACUCUCUCGGAACGUUCCAGCAAACUCAACUCACUGUCAUGGGCCUCUUCGUUUCCCUGUGUCAACAUCUCCGUUAACUCAUUCACACCCCCUCCUGCUCCAUCUCGGCACAAGGGUUCUUUUGUUCGAGCUGCAUGGACCAGGAGAUCACGUGGCGAACAUGCAAAGCAACCCAAUAGGAAAUCAUGGAAACAGAGGACAGAUAUGUAUAUGAGGCCAUUCCUACUAAAUGUUUUCUUCUCGAAGAAAUUUAUUCAUGCAAAAGUGAUGCAUCGGGGUACAAGCAAAGUGAUAUCAGUCGCAACCACGAAUGCCAAGGUUCUUAGAAAUGAUUUGCCAUCACUCACGGAUCAAAAUGCGUGCAGAGUAAUUGGGAAACUUAUUGCAGAACGAUCAAAGGAAGCCAAUGUCUACGCAAUGUCUUAUGAGCCUAGAAAAGGUGAGAGGAUUGAAGGUAAGCUAGGAAUAGUUCUUGACACCAUUAAGGAGAAUGGGAUCAUAUUUGUUUGAGCCAAUCAGCACAUUGCUGUCGUAAAUUAAUU